AUGUCCUUUCGCAAGAGAAAUAUAGGUAUAUCGACCGGCGCUGAUCGUGCGUCUGGUCAGAACCCCGCCGCGCCUCCGCAACAAGCUACAACGACGCCGGAAUCGAAUCCCGGUAUUCGACCCUCGCCCGAUGAUGGACGACCAACUACUUCCACAGGCGCGCCGUCGCUGGAUAAUCUCCUCGCUGGACAUGGUGGACUUCCGAUAGGAAAGACAUUAUUGAUUGAGGAAAACGGGACUACGGAUUUUGCGGGCGCAUUGCUACGAUAUUAUGCGGCGGAAGGUGUUGUGCAGGAUCAGAAAGUUCACGUUGUCGGAAUGCCCGAGCAAUGGGGUAGAAGUCUCCCGGGUCUGAUUGGGCCUGCAGAGGCCGCUGAUGAUAAGCAGGAUAAGCGCAAAGGAGAACGGAUGAAGAUUGCCUGGAGAUAUGAACGAUUGGGCGAAUUUGGAGCCGGAGUGGCCGGAUCAAGAGGUAUGGACCAUAUCAUCCCAAUGGUUUGGCGAAAUGCCAUGGUUUUAACUGAAACAGCCCCUGCUGCGCCCUCGGGGGAUCAAAGUCAAGCACAGAACGGGAAUCCGACCGAGCAGCCGGCAUUUUGCCACGCCUUCGAUCUUACCAAGCGUUUAACCCAUCCGGGCAUCACAAACAUAACCUAUAUCCCGCUAGCGCCGUCGAAUGAGCCCUUGUUUGUCUCAGUCCACAAGCGACUACAGGCUGCCAUCGCUCACAGUCCGCCCAACACGGUCCACCGCAUUAUCCUACCGUCCUUGCUGAAUCCCACAAUAUACCCGCCGGAAGUCUGCCAGCCUGAGAAUCUCUUGCCUUUCCUUCAUUCGCUCAAGGCUCUGUUGAGCUCACCCAUGGUGCGCGCGACAGCUAUGAUCACAAUCCCAUUAUCCUUGUUCCCGCGGUCUUCCGGUCUCGUCCGAUGGUCGGAAAUAUUGAGCGACGGAGUUAUCGAGUUGUGCCCUUUCCCUCAUUCGGCAGAUGCCCUUGCUAGUUCGGGGGCUGCGACAGCGCAUGAGGAACCACCGCAGGGCAUGCUCAAGGUACACCGGUUGCCCGUGCUACAUGAACGUGGCGGAGGCAGUGAUCAAAACAUUGGCCAGGAUUGGGCGUUUACACUGAGCAGGAAAAGGUUCGAGGUUAAACCGUUCAGUUUACCGCCGGCUGAAGGAGACAAGGAAGCGCAAGACGGAGCUGCGGCGGGUGGAAUGCCGAAAAAAGCGGAUCUCGAGUUCUGA